UAUUGGUAUUUUUUUUUCGUUUUUUUUUUCAACCAUCCUUUUGUGUGUUUGUUUUGUAUUUUAUUUUUGUUUUUCACAAAUGUAUGAGUGUAUGAUAUAAAAAUCUCUUUAUAUAUGUAAUAAUAACAAAGAAAAAAAAAUUUAACAAAAAUGAUUACGCAAAACACAACCAUUGAUGACGGUAGUAGUGAUAAAUUAGAAUUGGAACCAACCGGUCCAAUAUCAUCGAUUAUAUCAACAAAAAUAUCAACACAAUCCUCGAUCUCAGCCACACCUUAUACACAAUUAAAAGUAUUAAUGCGUACAACAUCAAUUGGUUUAAAUAAUCCAUUACGGAAAACAUUGUGGCUAGGAUUAUCCUUACGUAAUAAUGCCGUAAAUGCUGAUGAUUUUGAUACACAAUUUGAUAAUUUAGCUGUCAAUAAAUUGCCCAAUUUUGUUGAUCCAACCACUACCAGAUUCUAUUAUUUGAAUUCAAUAUCACGUAAACAUGUUGCAACUAUACUCUGGAAUUUAUCUCAAUAUGUUUAUCGUAGCAUUGUUGCUCUGCUAAUGUCACGAGAAUCACGUUUCAUCGGUAUCAAUCGAAUAGAUAGAAAAUGUGAUGCAUUAAGCUUGAUUCGUUUGGCUAAUAAAUUUGGUGUAGCUAAAUUAAGUAAAAUUGGUUCGAAUGGUCUGGAAAAACUGCAAGAUUCUGAUGCUGCAUUUGCCGAUUGGAUUCAAUGGAUCUUUGGCUGUCUUCCUUUUCAUUUUUGUGUGCGAAUCGUUGAUUGUUAUCUGGUGGAAGGGGAAAAAUUUCUAUACAGAAUAGCGAUGGCAUUAGCCAGAUUAUUCGAGAAAACCCAAAAGAAACCGCUCGACAUCGAACAAAUGAGGGUAUUUUGUCAAGAUAUUGCUACGAUUAUUACACCGACUCAAUUGAUUCAACAGGCAAUCAAAAUAACCAGAUUUUCACGCAAAGAUGUAAUGUCUCAAAAAGAUGUGACAUUUGGAAAUCGAAUAGCACCGCGUAGAUUCAAAUCAUCUAUACUCAGCUGGAAUCAAUUGGAUAUACUUUGGGAAUGGAUUCCUGAACGUAUUUAUAUUCAAGAACCUUUGAUUGCAUUCUGUUCUGACGAAAAUGGAAAUUCUCUUCGUACCUUUUAUUCAUUGUGUGGUGACAACGAACCUACAAUAAUUUUGGUUAAAACAAUUAAAAAUCAGAUAUUCGGUGCUUAUUGUUCAUCAAGCUGGUCAAAACGAUUAGAUAGCGGUAAUCGUGCUGGACAAUUUUUCGGUAAUGGUGAAACAUUUUUAUUCAGCAUUCAUCCCCGUAUUGUUAAAUAUGAAUGGGUGGGAAAAUUUCGUGAUGUAAAUCAUCUGACACCAUCACAACAAUUGUUUAUGUCGGCAACGAAUGAUUCAUUUUCAAUCGGCGGAGGUGGUGGACAUUUUGGUCUUUAUAUCGAUGAAAAUCUUUCACGUGGUGAAACGCAUCGAUGUGAAACGUUUGAAAAUGAACCAUUGACCAAUGAAGAUCCAUACUUUGAUGUUGCAACUAUUGAAAUUAUUGCAUUUUCCGUUAUGUCGAUAUUGAUACAAACGAAGUUAUUGAUCAUAAAAUUCGUUUGUGGUCAGGUGGAAAAAUCUUCCACCUCACAGUUUCUUUCCGAGCGUUAUAAUGCUAUAGCCUUAGAUGCUACAAAAACAAUGCAAUUGGUUAGACGAUUAUUACAGGAAUGUCGAAUAAAUAAGUCGGAUCCAAUCAUUUUCAUCUUUGAAUGUGUGCUCCUUUAUUGGCCCGAAGAAUCGACUACCAAUUUAAUCUAUACGCUAAACAAAACGUUCAACAAAUGUAAUUUCGUCAUUUUUGAUCUGGUUAAUACCAAGGAUAAGUUUUCCGAUUUGAUGCAACAAUCAUUGGUCGAACAACAAACACCAUUAUUAGGUGCCGGUUCUUUUAGAUCGAUUGAUGAUUGGCGAACAAAAUUAUCAAAAAUCGAAUGUUUACAUGUUCAUGCCUGGAUUAUGAAUGAUGUAUAUUAUAAAUUGAUCGACCAAAAUGAACGUGAGCGUAUUGAAAAAAUUGAUUUUUUCGAUGAGAUUGAAUUAAUGUUGCAAUUAUUUAAUCAUUACUGUCUGGUUAUGGCUAGUAAUUAUUCAGAUUUUAAUUGCAAUUUUCGAAGAAUGUUACGUUUACGCCCAAAAUUGAUUCGAAAGUUUCUUUCGAGCCAGUCCCAUCUUAAUGGUACCAGACAUCUAUCAUCACAAGGAUCAUCAAAGCUCAAAGCAACAUUUUUACUAGGGACCGGAGCUGUGGCUGUAACAACCUUGACAUUGGCAUAUGCUAAAUAUGAUAAACAAUUUGCAGAUCAGCUCACAUCAUAUGCGCCUUUUAUAAAAAAUUUGCUUGAUGAUAGUCCGACUUUGAAGGCAAAAGAUGAUGAAAUUUUUGAAUUCCACAAAAAGAAAACGAAUAAACCUACUGAUGCAGCAAAAAGUAUUAACAAUUUUAAUCAAAAAUCUGACGGAGAAGGAAAAACUGUCUUAACUGAGAAAAAAGAUGAACAAACAAAAAUACAAGAGCCGCAAAAACUGACCAAUACAUCGGAAAAUCAGCCUAAAAUAACGGAAAAAGAUCUAAAGAAUGAAGUGCUUAAUCUUCAGCUAAAAGCAGAAAAUCCAAAUGUACUUGAAGAUGAAUUCCGUGGUCAGCUGAAGAGGUUAUUGUAUGCAUUCAAUGAAUUCUAUGAAGAAAAACGAAUUCUUUAUGAGACCGAAAACAAACGAAAACAAGAAGUUGAAAUGAAGAAUUAUCUUAUUCAGGAAAGAGCGUCAAUGUCUGAAGAAUAUGAGAAAUCGAUGAAAAAAUUGAAACAAAUGGAAAAUCUUUUGCAAAGUAUUUUUUUACCAGUUCGAGAUCAAUUGGACAAACAGGAGAAACCGUCUAAGAAAUUAUGGUUACUUAGCCAAACAUUAUCCAAGCUGCUCGAACAUGAUCGAACUUUGAGCAAAGAAUCUAUGCCCAUUGAUAUAAAAGAAAAAAUCGAUUGUAUCCGAAAAGUUGUCGAGGAAAAUUUUGCUAAUGAAACAUUAAUACAAAUUGCAUUGAAAACCCUUCCAGAUGAUGCAAUCAAAAGCGGUGUUUAUAGUGAAGAAGAUUUGGUUCGUCGUUUCCAUAAAGUGCACAAAAUUUGCAAUCGCGUUGCUUUGGUUGAUAAAGAAUAUACGAAUAUAUUUGGCUAUUUAAAAUCCUACGCAUAUUCGUACAUCCGGCCGUUGUUUCAAAUAGAAUUUGAAGUUAGUUCAAAUCCUAUUAGAAUUAAGGAAAUACCGUCUGAAGAAUUGGAAGGAAAAAUGGAAAUCGAUCCAAAUGAAUGGGAUGCAUAUGAUAUUUUACAACGUGUAAAAUUAUGUGUUGAACAUCGUAACCUAGAAAUGGCCAUACGUUAUGCUAAUCUCCUGAAUGGUGAACCAUAUGUAGUGGCCAAAGAUUGGAUCAAAGAUGCAAGAGAACAUUUAGAAUUAUCAUAUUUCAUCCAUGCUGAUGAAGUAGUCGGUUGUGGUGGAUUUGUUGUCUCCAGUGUCAGUAUUAAUUAUGAACCAAUCAAAAUAAAAUUAUAUACUGAUCGCGGUAUCAUCAAAUAUAUAAGCGAUUGUGCGCCCAACAAUGGUUACUAUUUUAUUCCUUUAUACGAUUUUGGCAAAUAUGUUUUGCGUAUAACGCCUCCCCAAGGAUGGAUAUUUGAACCAACAGAAGUUGAAUUCAAUUUUGAUGGCAAAAAUGAUCUUUGUUCCAAACAAACAGAUAUAAAUUUUGUCUUUAAAGGAUUCACAAUUUUCGGUAAAGUUUUCAGCUACAACUCGUUGGCUGGUCCAAAAGGCGUUCAUAUUACUUUGCGUUCCAAAGCAAAUAAGAAUGUCAUCAAACAAAAUGUCACUGUCGAUGAUGGACUUUAUGAAUUUCAUGAAGUAUUACCCGGUCAAUAUUUAAUCGAAGCUUCCCAUGAUCAUUGGAAGUUUUUGAAAAAUACUAUAGUUGUCGAUGUUGUUGAUGAUAAUAUUAAUCAUCGUCAAGCAAGUGAACCUUCGGAUCAACUUUGUUCAUUGGGCUAUUCGGUUGUAGGUAAAGUUGUCAGCGAAGGUCGACCUAUUCGUGGUGUUCAGUUUGCUCUGUUCAGUGAAAAUCAUAAGCCUCCAUUUCCUUUGGGAUGUCAGGAAACCAAACCGAGCUUUUUAUCCAGUUUAAAAAUUAAUUCAAAAUAUCAUUAUUUAUGUUAUACUUUAUCGAAUGAAGAUGGACAAUUUAAGUUUGAAUUUCUACCCAUUGGGAAAUAUAUUGUUCAUAGUUUCUAUGAUACCCAAAAUAUUAGAUUUGAAGUUGUGCCUCAUCAAUAUGAAUUCGAAAUCACUAAUAAUGAUAAAGAUGUUGGCGUUUUGUUUGAAAUCGGUGGAUUCUCAGUAUUUGGUCAGAUUUUAAAUAAACUAAAUCCAAAUGAUAAGAUGGAAAAUGCUCGUAUUCAAUUUAUCGAUGAAAAUAAACGCUAUGAUGACAUUGAAGUUUUAGUUAAAGAAUCGAAUGGAAAAUUUUCGGUUAAUAACAUUAAAACUUCCAACUAUCUGAUCAAAACGACAUUGGACCGGUAUCAGUUUGAUGAUAUAAAGUUUUUAAUAUCUCCCAAUUCACCAAAUAUUCCAUUGAUAACGCCUAGCAAGUUUGAAAUUUGUGGUAAAAUCAUCCUCAAAAAUGACGAAUUCAAAGAUGAAAAUAUGGAAUUGUUGGUAAUGGAGAAGGAGACGAAAAAUUUAAUUGAAAGUGUUAACAUAGAUAACGAGGAAUUUUGUCUUUUCUUACCCGGUGGAAAUUAUUUAUUUCAAAUGAGCACUCAUCUAAAAUUUGUCCAAAAUGUAGUGGAAGUUGUUGUCAACAAACCUCGUUCCGAUAUUGUAUUCAAUCAGAUGACAAUUACGUUACAUGGUCGAAUUCAAUUAAAGUCAGCUUUAUUAGAAGGUGAUGAUUUUUUGUCAGUGAUUCUGUCCAAUGAUAAAAUGGCUACGAAAACAUUACCCAUCAAUAAGUUACAGAAAAAAUCAGCCACUGAUUAUAGAUUUGUAUUCGAAAAUCUACUACCUGGUGAUUAUUUUGUUUCGUUGGGUGGACGACAAGUCAACUAUUUCUGUUGGAAAGAAAAUAUUAUUCCCAUAGAAUUGAAUGAGAAAAAACCCGUUGAAAUCAUAUUCGAACAGAAAGGAUAUCUUUUACAAAUCAUUUUGUCACAUAUUUCCGAUUUGAUCAUCAAAAGUCCAAGUGGAUAUUCAACAAAAAUUGCCAAAGAAUCAAUCGCUCAAGAUCGUUUGAUAAAACAUUGUGUUGAAGAAACGGGUAAAUAUUCGAUCAUACCAAGUGGAUGUCAUAACUUUUUAUCAAGUCCGGAUUCUAAUAUUAUUUUCGAUACGGAAACAAUGUCAGGACAAAUGAUACAGCUCACAGCUCUACAGCAUUUAGUAACUGCUAAGAUUGCAACCACUACUAACAUUACAGAUUUACAAAUUUUUAUCAAUACCAAAUCAAUCGAAGGGGAACGGAAUAAGACGUUACAUAUCAAUGAUGGUCAUAAAGUUAAAGCCGAUGUUUUAGAAUAUAAUCUCAAAUUCCAUGAGAAUCCGAUGUCAGAGAUUUAUAUUGAACCACGAUCAUCACAAUUGAUUUUUAAACCUUCAUUUUAUCGAUUUCGACUCAAAGAUGAUUGCCAUCUCAAUGGAGUGACUUUUCAUGGUCGUCCAGGUAUUUUUGUCAAUGGAAAAAUAAGCCAAAAAAUUUCCGAUGUCAAAAUUGUCAUUUUUGAUAAUGAAACAAACCAAAUUCUACAAACUGUCGAUACUGACAAUGAAGGUGAAUAUCAAGCAGGCCCAUUCGAUGAUGAAAUAAAUUUACGAAUUGAAGCAAUGAAAGAAGAUUUUGUUUUCAAGGCAUUGCCAAAUAAGAAAGGUCAUUUUGAAGUUAGUAAACUUUCUUCAAUCAGCACGAUGAUUGUAGAUGAAAAUGGAAAUCCUUUGAACGAAGUAUUGGUCUCAUUAAGUGGGGGCGAAAAUAAUUUCCGUCGUAACAGUUUUGUCAACGCUGAAGGCAAAUUAUUGUUUGAUAAUUUACAUUCUGGACAAUACUUUAUUCGUUUUUUACGAAAAGAAUACGAUUUUGAGCCGUCAUCAAAAAUGUUCGACAUCGAUAAUGGUGAUAAUGUUGUCAUUAAAGUAGUUGGUAAAAAAGUUGCAUUUAGUUGUAUUGGAUUAGUUGAUUCUCUCAAUGGCGAACCUGAAGCAGAUAUUAUUGUUGAAGCAGUUGGUAUACGAAAUAUUGUUGAAAAUAGCACCGUACAAUGUACACAAUUACAAGAACAAUCAACAAGUGAAAUCGACGGAUCGUUCAGAAUUUUAGGCUUGCUACCGGAUUGUCAAUAUGUUAUUCGGCUGAAAGCUGAUCAAUUGAAAAAUAAAAAUAUUAGCAAAUCAAUACCAAAAGCUCACUCGGUUCGGCUACAAAAUCGUGAUCUUAGUGACCUAAGGUUCAUUGUGAUUUACAAAAGUUUACAAACGGAUUUGACUGUCUCGAUUCAAACAAAAGAAGAAUAUUUGAACACUAUUUCCAUCAAAUUGUUCCGCUCAAAUGAACCAAAUGCCAUAUUUCAACAGACAUUACAUAAUUCAUUCAUAUUUUUACCAUCAGUUCCAUUGAACAAUGCUACAUAUUUGUUAAAACUCGAUUCGAAUCUUGAUGACCGAACAUAUCAAUUUGAGCCAAUAAUUCAUGCAAUACAGGCAAAUCAAAGCUAUCUACAUUUGCAUUUUGAUUUUUCUGUUCAACGUCGUUACCAACAUGAUGGAUCAAAUGAUCAAGAUAUUGCACAUAAUUCACUUUAUUCGCUAAUACUAUUCUUGAUCGGUUUGGCCAUUUAUAAUCAUCGUCAAGUGUUGGAAUUUUAUCAUAAAACGCCAAUUAAUGUGGCAAACAUUAGUCAAAUUUUUACUCGUUCAUCUUUAUCAAAUAAUGAAAACACAUCGGAUGGCAGCCAUUCUUCUACAAAUAACAAUGGCAAAAAGAAAAUGAAAUUUAAAAAAAAUUGAAUUGCAAUUCUGUUG